GAGCCAUACCGAGGGUUGGAGCUGCUGCUGCUGCUGGGCAGUUUUGUAUGGCUUGUGCCACCCUGGGGUGCAGCUGCAGUGCGACUACACCCUUACGAUGCCUCCAAACUUGCAGUGCUGGCCAGCGAGUGGGGCAACUUCAAUGGCAGCGACACAUGGCAGCGUCGCGAGGUGGACUGCCAUGCAAUGGAGGGCAUCCGGUGUGACAGGGACGGCCACGUCACUGCCAUAGUACUGGAAGAUUUCGAACUGGGUGCACCAAUACCUGACACAAUCAGCCACUUCCAACGCCUCACAUACCUGAGGCUCUAUUUCUGCCAAAUCACCGGGACCAUUCCGAGCAGCAUCUCCAACUUAGCAUCCCUUGUGUUGCUUGUUUUAGGAGGCAAUUCAAUUUCAGGCAGCCUUCCUGCCAGCAUCAGCCGUCUGACCCGCUUACAAAUGCUGACUCUUGAUUUCAACCGCAUGUCUGGCCCAAUAGACUCCAUCUGCAACUUGACGCAACUGAGAAAAUUAAACCUUGCGCAGAACCGCUUCAAUGGAAGCAUCCCGUCAUCUGUUGGUAACCUGGCUCUGGAGGGCUUGGAUAUCAGCGUCAACCAGCUCUCGGGUUCCAUUCCUGACUCCCUCAGCCGCUUGCAGGAGGUCACAUACAUCGCACUGGCAGAGAAUCAGCUGACAGGAUCCAUUCCAGAGUCACUUGCAGCGCUCAAUGGUUUGCACGGCCUGUACCUGCACAACAACCAAUUGAGUGGGUCAAUUCCGGCAUCACUGGCAUCACUGCAGAAUCUGGAGUACCUAUUUUUCGACAUCAACAGUCUGUUAGGAAGCAUACCUGCCUCCCUGGGUGACCUCCUGCAGCUCAAGUACAUUCAUUUGCAGGGCAAUGGCUUCUCAGGACCCGUGGAUUACAUCGUGCGAACCAUGAAGAGGAUUGAGAGCCUAAAUCUGAACCAUAAUCUGUUCAGUGGUCGUCUGCCCAGCCCUGCCUCGUCCGGCAUCUUAGAGUACAAGAUGAACAGCAAUUUUUUCACACACGGGAAUGUCAAGUUCAACUGCUCAGCUGCUGAAUGGAGCGUCGAUCUCAACUGCCUCUCCACUGACCUGCUCAUCUGUGGCCGUGUUCCGUCCUCAAGGUCCCCAGCUGCCUGUGCUGCAUUCUGUGGGAUGGAGGCUGGGUCCACUGCCUCUGUGUGUGAGGGGCAUGGCUACUGUUCUGUGAAUCAGUUCACUGGAGGGGGGGAGUGUGUGUGCGAUCCCAACUACCUUCUUGACAGCACCAACACCAACGUCUGUUUGCCAGGAGAU